CUCAUGAAACUACUAAACAUGAACUGGGCCUUAUUAAUGAUGUUUAUACCCUUUUUUAGCUAGUCCAGUAAUUAACAGAACAUGACGUGACAUCUCAUCAGUAUAGAUCAUAACAAGUGUAUCUGGCAGUGCUACAAUGGCGAUGAAGAUUUCAAGAUCAGAUGUGACUGCAGAGCAUGCGAAGUUCACGCAGGACAGUCACAUCCUGAGCGACAUCGCACAGCAGACACAGGAUGCUGGGAUGGGGAAGCUGACAGAUGAGGAGCUGGUGGAGAAGUUGGAAACCCUCCUCCUGGAGAGGAUAAAGAAGGGAGAUAAAUCUGCUUACUUUCAACUCGCACUCUUCUAUUUUGAACAGGAUAUGUAUGACAAAGCAAGAGUGUAUUUUGAGAGAUCAAAAGACUUCAACUACCAGUCCCUGUAUCAGCUGGGUGUCAUGCUGUAUGAUGGAAUCGGCUGUGAACAGGACACAACUCUAGGUGUUGAGUACCUGAUGCACAUAGCGACAUCCACAGUGCGGCAAGCCAAGCAUCUGAAGCACGCUGCAGAGUACAACAUCGGCCGUGCCUACUUCCAGGGGUACGGAGUCCGGCGACAGUCUGAUGAGGAAGCAGAGAGGUGGUGGCUGCUGGCUGCUGAUGAUGGCAACCCUGCCGCCAGUGUCAAGGCACAGUCUGUCCUGGGCAUGUUCUACUCCCGGGAGGACACCGUAGACCUCAAGAAGGCCUUCUUCUGGCACUCUGAGGCUUGUGGGAAUGGCAGUCUGGAAUCUCAAGGUGCACUAGGUGUGAUGUAUGAACAUGGCGUUGGUGUCAAGUACCAUCAGGAUUCCGCCUACAUCUGCUUAAAGGAGGCGUCUGACCGAGGCAACGUCUACGCAAUGGGCAACCUCAUCUCCCACUACUACCGCCGUAAACUCUACACUAAAGCAGCUGACCUCUCAUCCAAAGUCGCCAUGUUGGAAGAUAUACAACUUAUCGCACAAGAGACGGAAUGUCUCCCAGCUUUCAUUGCUAAGGGCAUUGCCUUGGCCAGUUUCUACCAUGGUCGUUGUCUCCAUGAGGGGCUCGGUGUCAAACAGAACAAACAACUAGCUCAGCAAUACUACUCCAGGUCGUACCAGUUUGACCCUGAUAUAUGUGCUCGACUCCAGAACGUGACACAACACGGUGUCAUAUAGGCCUGCUUCACUUCAACACCAUCAUGCUGUCAGCUGUGAUAUUAUCUGAGUUGUCUCCCCUUGAUCUACCUUUUAUAUCGCUGCCUUUAUCUUGUUAGUUCAAGAUGUGUCACAUAAACAUAUCCCAUGCUUUGUAAUUGAUAACUGGAUUAAGUUAGUAAUGUAUGAAAACCAUUACUUUAUGUCAAUAAUGAAUAAAUUUAAACAUGAUUUUCCAUGAAAAAGAAGACUUUUCUGGAAUGUCUCCUCGAGUCACUGUCCUGUUUCUCUGUAUAUGGAAUUUCAGUCAUUAUGUAUAUGGAGUAUUUAUCUCCUUAUUUGAGAUAUAAUCGAUGUACCUUGUAAUAAGGAUAUUCUGCAUCUCCUACAGAAGUCAGAAUCGUGUAUUCUUCUUUAGUCCAGUGAGAACAGCUAUUAUGUGCCAUCUAUAACAGUAAAAUCUACUGAAAGGGAUGCCGAGAGCAAAGCUCAGGAUAGUGAACUAACCAAGCUUUUGGCACAGGCAGCAAGUACAGUAUUAUUAUCAUUGUAUAUACCUAUUGAUGUUUCUGCUGUAACCAUGAUCGAUGAUUAAAGUACCAUGGCCCAUCACCUGUGACACGAAGCAAACCAAAUAGUUCCCUUACAUUAAUGAUGUUCACACAGUCUUUCAUGAGAUGCCUCACUGCUGGGAACCAACCUCUUCCAUCAUCUUAAUGCUGUGUUUAACCGUUUGUGCUUGCAAAUUUUUGUUGAUGUAUCAUUGAAGUAUUGUUUAUUAACAUACUUUGGUUUAAAUGUUAUUUUCAUUUACAAAACAAUGGCUCGCUGACAUAUAGAUCACUUUUAUAUAUUUACCUGCCGACGCUACGUUUUGCAAUGCCUACAAUUCAGAAGCAAAAUCCUGAGUACAGCGACUGACAAGUUAGCCCAGUAUUAGUGACUUCUGUCUAGAGAUUAUCAUAUACACUAUUUAUUACUUGUUAUUAAUAUUAUUAUGUAAUAAAUAUAGACUUGUGUUAACUGUGAUAGUGAUUCCAUGUGCCUUCUGAUGUGAAUGCUUCAACCUUGUCUUUACCAACAUGUUUAUAUGUGGCUCAGUCCUUUUCUGAAAACACAAAUAAAUCCUAUUUACGAA